AUGAUUGUUCGUGAUCUCGCCUCACAGGUGCAGUCCUUGGAGGAUUUCCUCUCUGCAGAGGUUCCACCUUGGAAGCAAGAUCCUUCCGACCUGUGCGCAUACUUGGAUGCCUACAUGAUGGCGGAGCGGCCGGUGCAGCCCUUAGAGGAUUUCUUGUCCAAUAACGAGGGACACUUCCCGGUCUACCUCUGGAUCUACGACCUGUCUAGAGGAUUCGCAUCUCACUGGGCGGAGACGCUUGUGGGAAUCAAGCUCGAGGGCAUCUGGCACACGUCAGUCGUGGUGGAGUGGCCUCAGCGGUCGAGCGAGUUCUCGUUUGGAGGGCAAAUUUGCGAAUGCAAGCCCGGGACGACGCCGUAUGGGCAGCCGCUGGAAAAAAGGUUUCUUGGCUACACUGCCAAGACACGGCUGCAGGUCCGCAAGUUCUUCAUACGGCUGUGCCUUGCCACCGACGAUUAUGAUGGUCGACAUUAUGACCUUCUGUGCAACAAUUGCAACCACUUCACGCACAAGUUGCUCCAGCAUUUGUUCCACGAGAACCUUCCUGGAAAGAUGCCUGACGUGCUUGACCAGCCUUCCGUGGUUCGGGACACAGCAUGGUGGGUCAAAGCCUUCGAGGCCAAGCGCUCCUUUGGUUGCUGGCCAGGUUCCACUAGGCGCGCCUUGCAGAGCGGAACCAGGAUGGCGUGGCCCAGGGUCAGGCUGCUGGUGACCGCCCGCGGGAUGCAGCGAUUGGGUGACACCUGGCCAGAGGCUGCGACCGGAUCCCAGACCAUGCCAGGUGGUGCCGGCACGGCCAUUGGAGGCAGAGCUCUUGAUGCUGGCCGAGAGGGGGGAGAAGGUCCAGUGCAGGGUCGGCGAGGACUCGCUGCCCUGCCGCUGGCAGCGUUUGCUGCAUGCAGUGGUGCGGACACCUGCGACUUGGUUGCCCUGGUUCACGAGGAAGCCGGUGCGCGGAACAUGUCUGAGGCAAGCCUUGGCUGUUGGGUUGUGGAGCUGGCGCUCCAGCCCCCUGCCGAGGACCGUGAGGAUGCCUCAGCUUUGGCAUGGAGCAUCUCUGAGCAUCCCUCGCCGUUGACAAGCUCAACCGAUCGCGAAUCGCUCUGGAGGGCAAAGUCUUUCCACCAUCUGUCGGGCUGUCCAACCUGCGCGAAGUGGUCCCGCGCCAGGCGAGGCUUGGCCCGGGCGACAGCUUGGCGGCGACGGCGCGUUCUCCGUCAAAAUCCAGGACGCGAGGAGUCCGGCGAGGAGGACGUUCUCGUGAACCUAGGUCCCAGGCUAUGCAUCCCCCUGCCCAACGGUGGUGGGCAAGCUGGCGAAGCACGGCAGCUUGUCGUGUCCACUGCAAAGGCUAGAACAAUCAGCGGAUGGUCAAACACAGUGCGUCCGUUUUUUGGAUGGAUCCAGCAUCGAGUCCAUCUCCAUGUCUGCUACGUGUGUGUGUGUGUGUGUGUGCGUUCAUACUCAACUACUUGCUCAACUUGA